AUGAGUUGUCAGAUCUCGUGCAAAUCUCGAAGAGGAGGAGGAGGAGGAGGAGGAUUCCGGGGCUUCAGCAGUGGCUCAGCCGUGGUCUCCAGUAGGAGCCGGAGAUCGGGCACUGGCUUCUCCUGCUUGAGCCGCCAUGGCGGUGGUGGAGGGGGCUUGGGUGGAGGCGGCUUUGGCAGUCGGAGCCUUGUUGGUCUUGGAGGCACCAAGAGCAUCUCCAUUAGUGUGGCUGGAGGAGGUGGAGGCUUCGGCUCCGGUGGUGGAUUUGGUGGCAGAGGAGGUGGCUUUGGAGGUGGCAGCGGCUUUGGUGGCGGCAGCGGCUUUGGAGGAGGUGGUUUCGGUGGAGGCGGCUUCGGUGGAGGCAGCUUCGGUGGAGGUGGCUUUGGCGGAGGCCGCUUUGGAGGUGGCGGUGGCUUUGGAGGCUUUGGGGGUCCUGGUGGCAUGGGGCCUGGAGGAUUCCCUGGUGGAGGCAUCCACGAAGUCUCCAUCAACCAGAGCCUCCUGCAGCCUCUCAACGUGAAAGUUGACCCAGAGAUCCAGAACGUGAAGUCUCAGGAGCGGGAGCAGAUCAAAACCCUCAACAACAAAUUUGCCUCUUUCAUCGACAAGGUGCGGUUCCUGGAGCAGCAGAACCAGGUACUGCGGACCAAAUGGGAGCUGCUACAGCAAAUGGACGUCAGCACACGUACCACCAACUUGGAGCCCAUCUUUCAAAUGUACAUUGCCAAACUGAAGAAAUAUGUGGAUACGCUCUCUGCAGAAAGAACAUCACAAGAUUCAGAACUGAACAACAUGCAGGAUCUUGUUGAGGAUUUUAAGAAGAAGUAUGAGGAUGAAAUCAACAAGCGCACAGCUGCUGAGAAUGAUUUUGUGACACUUAAAAAGGAUGUGGACAAUGUCUACAUGAUCAAGGUGGAGCUGCAGGCCAAGACGGAUGUGCUGACUCAGGAACUCGAGUUCAUUAAAUUCCUUUAUGAUGCGGAGCUGUCCCAGAUGCAGCAGAGUGUCACCGACACCAACGUCAUCCUGUCCAUGGACAACAACCGUAGCCUGGACCUGGACAGCAUCAUCUCCGAGGUCCGUGCCCAGUACGAGGAGAUCGCCCAGAGGAGCAAGGCGGAGGCUGAGGAGCUGUACCACAGCAAGUAUGAGGAGCUCCAGGUUACUGCAGGGAAACACGGAGACAGCCUGAAGGAGGUCAAGAUGGAGAUCAGCGAGCUGAACCGCAUGAUCCAGAGGCUGCAAGGGGAGAUCGCCCAAGUGAAGAAGCAGUGUAAGAGUGUGCAAGAAGCCAUUGCAGAUGCAGAGCAGAAGGGAGAGCACGCCCUCAAAGAUGCACAGAGCAAACUCUCUGACCUGGAAGACGCCCUGCAACAAGCCAAGGAGGACCUGGCCCGGCUCCUGAAGGAUUACCAGGAGCUGAUGAACGUGAAGCUGGCCCUGGACGUGGAGAUCGCCACCUACCGCAAGCUGCUGGAGGGCGAGGAGUGCAGGAUGUCCGGAGACCUCAGUAGCAACGUGACUGUGUCUGUGACAAGCAGCACCGUGUCUUCAAGCAUGACAUCCAGGGGUGGCUUUGGCUCUGGAGGUAGAGGAUCCGGUUCUGGAGGAGGAGGAUACAGCUCUGGAAGUGGCAGUUACAGCUCUGGGGGCAGAGGAUCAAGCUCCAGAGGGGGCAGUGGAGGGGGCUAUGGCUCUGGAGGGGGCUCCAGAGGGGGCAGUGGAGGGGGCUAUGGCUCCGGAGGGGGCUCCAGAGGGGGUAGUGGAGGGGGCUAUGGCUCCGGAGGGGGCUCCAGAGGGGGCUCUGGCUCUGGGGGGAGCUCCAGAGGGGGCAGUGGAGGGGACUAUGGCUCUGGGGGGCGCUCCAGAGGGGGCUCCAGCUCUGAAAAGGGUGGAUCUGGCUCAGGUGAAGGUUACGGUUCUAGCGUGACCUUCUCUUUCAGAUAA